AUGGCCACCACUACUAUUGAUCGAUGUGAGAAUACUCCCACUCAGCAUCAUCCGUCUACAACAACAAACAAUUCCGAUUCCAGUACCACACAAAAUGACGUUGGGAAGAAAAUCCAUCCGAGGGAUACACAUAAUCAAAUCAAAAAUUCAAUCAUAUCAACAACUUCAAAUAUAAAAGGUUCAAUCUCAAUGACAUCAGCAAAUACUGCGUUGACUCUUACCGAUAAAUUACAUUCUAUGCUAUGCCCAAACAACAAUUUCAUAUCACGAGUGGAAACUGUGGAUUUGUCCCUAUUGGACUAUCAUUUGAUAGAUGUCCAAGAUUGUAACGAUUUGUAUCAACUAAUAUCAACAAAUGAUUCAUCUUCUUUACCAAAUACAUAUCUUUUAUUCGAUUUAACUCAUAAUCAUCUGAUCUCUUCUUCUUCCAUAAUAAAUUGUUUUAAUAAUUUAAAUGUGGUUCAUUUAUCGUUACCAACGACAUUAAUUAAAAGACCUGCUUUUGAUUUUCAAAAAUUAUUAAAAACAACAAUAACAAUAGAUUCAGAGAAAAAUAUUUCUAAUUUGCUAAAUUUAAUUAAGUUGGCAAAAUGUUUUUUAUUUUUCGAUAAUUUUAGUAAUAAAUCGAAUUGUAAAUUAUCUACAUUUUAUUUCAUUACAAAAUUUAAAGAAUUUUAUUAUAAGAAUUUUGAUGUUUCAAAUCUGCCUUCAUUAAAUUUAAAUUUAUUUAUAUUGACAAAUUUUAAUUCAACUACUCCUAUUUUACCAAGCAGUAGUAGUAGUAACACUACAAGUUCAAGUACGCUGCAUUUGCCUUUUCUAUCUAAUACUAAUACUAAUACUACUACUAAUAAGAAUAAUAACAGCAACACUACAUCAGCCCAUAAAACAACACUUUCUACUUCUGUUUUAUCUUCUUUGACACAUUCAAGCGUGCCCUUAACUACUUCAAGCAAUUCACAUCCUAAUUUAACUUCUACUUCUAAUUCUAAUUCUAAUUCAACCACAACUAAAAUUAUACCAAAACCUAAGAAAAUGAAUAGAAAUUUUAAUUUGAAAAUUAAUCUCAAUAAUUUGAAUAAUUUAUCAUCUACAAAUUCAACAACUUUAUCUAAUUCAAAUUCAAGUUUAAAUUUAAAUUUAAGUUCCACGAGAGGAAGCAAUAAUAUGUUCAUUAGAUCUUUCAAAAAAGAUCAAAUCCAUUAUUCACCUUCUUCAUUAAAUAGAUAUUUCCAAUUUGAUAUUCCAGAGAAUUUAACUGGUAAUGAUAAAUGUUUACCAAAUUGGUUAAGGUUUUUCACAAAUAGAGACAAAAUUGAUGCAAUCUUACAAAAAUUAUUAUCAAAUUUCGAAUUAUUAGAAAAUUUUGAAAUUAAAAGAUUAGAAAAAUGUAUUACAAAUUGUAGUACUAAUACAGCUUGUAGUUCGAAUUGUAAUGCAAGUUGUCAUACAAAUCCAAAUAAUUUUAAUAAUUCUACACUUUCUUCUCUAACAACCAUCAAUACUACUAAUACUAAUGCUAAUACUACUAAUAUUACCAAUAAUAUCACAAAUAGCAAUAAUACAUCAAAUAAUAAUGAAAAUAAAUCUUUAAUUUCACAAUCUCAAAUAUUAGCAAAUGAUAAUUUAUCAAAGACAAUUUCAAAAGCUCAACAUAAAAUUUAUUCUUUGACUCAUCUACAAAAACAAUUUAAAAAAACAAACAGCAGCAGCAACAGCAACAGCAACAAUCUCACCAAUCGCAACAAUCUCAACAAUACUUGGACAAUCCAAUUUUUAAUUCAAAAAAAUAAAACUACAACCAAUAAAUUACCCAUUAAUAAAAAUUUGAAAAUUUCGAUACCAAAUGUUGUACCAAAUAUUCCAAAAAUUUCCUUAGAAUUAACAAAUACCAAGCUAAGAGAAAUUAAUACCUCUUCUCCAAAUACUUUUAAUUAUAAUUCCAACUUAUUAUCAGCAACUUCAACAAGUUCAUUAUCAUCAGCUGAUAGUGAUUCACUUUUAACACCCAUCAACAAUUAUGAAAUUAAUAAAGGCAUUACAUCGUAUAAUAAAAAUAGAUAUACGAAUAUAUUACCUUUUGAACAUACAAGAGUGAAAUUACAGCCUUCUCCAAUUUUGUAUUCAUCAAAUGAUAAUUUCUCUAGAAAUCCAUCAACAACAAAUCCACCAACUCCAGUUAAUAACAUUCUAUUCCCAAUGUCUCAAUCGGAUAUCCAAACUCCUCCUGAUUUAUUAAAUAAUAAUGCUACCUCUUAUUUCACUGGAAAUGAUAUCGAUCUUUUAAAUUUGCAAAAUGUGCAUAGAUCAAUGGAAUUACAGAAAAAAUUAACGCCUCCAAAUGAAAAUGAAAAUGAUAAUAAGAAUGUAAACAAUAAUAGUAAUAAUAUCGAUACUAAUAAUAAUAUUGUUAUAUCUCCAAUAGAUUCAAAUUUAAAUACAAAUUCUACUGCAUCACCAACUACUCCCACAACUGAUUUAACUGCAACAUCAAUGAACGGUUAUUCUAUUAAUGAAAAUACACUUAAUUUGGAUGAUUAUUUUAAUGCAAAUUAUUUGAAUUUAAAUAGAAUUAAUCCUGAUUUUACUUAUAUUGCUACGCAAGCACCAUUACCAUCAACAAUGGAUGAUUUUUGGAAAGUAGUGAUUUCUAAUGAAAUUAAAGUAAUUAUUUCUUUAAAUUCAUAUGAUGAAUUAAAUUUGAAGAAAUGGGAUAUAUAUUGGAAUGAACAAUGUACUAAAAGAUAUUGUAUUAAAAUUAUUCAUAUUUUUGAAAAUAUUUUUGAUUCAAAUGGUUGUAUUUUGAGAAUUUUUAAAAUUACUAAAAAUAACAAAUCUUCAAUUGUUUAUCAAAUUCAUUAUACUAAAUGGAUGGAUUCUUGUGGUAUUGAUAUAAAAGAUAUAUUUGUUUUAUUUCAAAUUAAAAAUGCAUUAUUAAAUUAUCCAGAACUAUCAUUUGAUUAUUUAAAGAAUAAUUGUCAAAAUCCUAAUGCUUUGACUGAUCUCUUAAAAAAUUUACCAGAAUCAAUGAUGGAAAAUAAUAGUAGCCAACCUUUGCUUUCAAUAAAACAAAAAUCUCCACUAUUGGUGCACUGUUCUGCAGGUUGUGGUAGAACAGGGGUUUUUAUUACACUAGACUUUUUAUUUAACAUUUUUAAGGCUGAUUCACUUCAUAUCAAUAGCCAUAAUAAAAUUGAUGUCUGGAACAUGGAACAAGAUUUAAUCUUUAUUAUUAUUAAUGAGUUAAGAAAACAGAGAUUAUCAAUGGUACAAAAUUUAACUCAAUAUAUUACAUGUUAUGAAUCAAUUUUGGAAUAUUUCGCAUUAUUAAAGGAAGAUGGGUUUAUCACAUCCUUUACCAGUUAA